AGAGAGAGAGAGAGAGAGAGAGAGAGAAGAAAGAGGGGCGCGCUGUUGGACUGUUCCCCUCAUGCGGAGUUCGCUGCCUGUCUCGUGCUCCGUUUCUUCUUCUUCUUCUUCUUCCAGGAUAAACUGUUUUGCUUGAUGAAUCUCGAUGCACGCGCCACAUCUCCGCCUCUGCUUCGGCACAUUCCGCUGUGCGCGCGCGCUGCACACAUUUAUUGCUGUCAUGUGCGCGAGCGUAACAAAAACAACCGACAAGUUGCUUCACGUCAGUGCGUAACUGAACACAGCCGAGGACAGGACGACACAACCGCUCCGUUAACGGUUGUGAAGUCCAGAAUUGUCACAACCUUCUGAGAACAUAAGGAGUGGAAAUGAAAGAAAGAAAAGUAUGGUGCCUUAGGCUAUUCCCAGUGCUCUUCAUCUUUGUGUCCUUCAUCACAUACUACUGUUCCUAUACUAUACUUCAGAGCUAUGGAGGCACCACCAAGCCUCUGGACAGUACUAAGUCUCUGUGUGGUGGCUGGCUGACCCAGAAAAAGUGGGAGAGUCUUAACUUUAACAUUAGCAGACAGACGCAGCUCUUUUUGAAACUGGAGGAUUUCUUCUGGCGAGAGCAUCCGUCAACGCUGGCGUUACCUUAUGGCAUUAAAGGCAGUGAGCUGCUGCUACUGAAAGUUUUAGCUGCUAUUCCCAAUUAUCAAAUGCCAGGCAACAUUGAGAACCUUGGAUGCAGGACCUGUGUGGUCAUAGGGAAUGGCUUUGUCAUUAAGAACACGUCUUUGGGGAACAUCAUCAACAAAUACGAUGUGGUCAUUCGGUUGAAUGAUGCCCCAGUGCGGGGUUAUGAGGAAGAUGUGGGGAACAAAACCACCAUGAGGUUCUUCUACCCAGAAUCGGCUUCCUCUAAUCCUGCUCUGCAGAAUGACCCUAACACAAUCAUGGUCCUGGUACCUUUUAAACCGCAUGAUCUGCAGUGGCUCAAGGAAAUCCUCUACAAUGAAAAGAGGAUACAGGAUGUGAGGAAAGACUUUUGGAAACCUCCUCCGCAAAUCUGGUUAGGUGAUGUGAGUAAAAUUAGAGUGCUGGACCCUCACUUUCUGCACCAGACGGCUGAAAGAUUACUCCAGAUCCCCUUGCAUCCCAAGACUAAACAGAACCGACUUCAUCCCACAACGGGUAUGCUAGCCGUGUUUGUAGCGCUCAACUACUGUGAUGUGGUCCACAUUGCUGGGUUUGGAUACCCAAGUUUAGACAGCGAAAGGCAACCAGUCCAUUAUUACGGAUAUGAUAUUAUGAAGGCUAUGAAGAAUUCUUACCAUGACCUCACUCAAGAAGCUGAAGCCUUAAAACGACUGGAAGAUUCAGGCGCCAUUGUGUACCUUCACCCAGAUUCGUGACAUAUCGCCAGGGUUGGGAGGGUUACUUUAAAAAUGUAUUCCGAUACAGCAGAGGUGUCAAGUAACGAAGU